AUGGCGGCUGGGAUUGGGGGCAGCGGCGGCGGCGGAGGUGCAGAGAAGGGUUACACUAAGGACAUGGUGCCAGACUUCGAUGAGAAACAUGAUGAGUAUUUAAUAUUGCUUCAGCAGAGGAACCGGAUAUUAAAGCAUCUGAAAACCAAGGACCCCAUGCAAUUGAGACUGGAGCACUUGGAGCAGGGCUUCUCUGUCUACGUCAACGGGGCCAAUUCGGAGCUGAAGACGUCUUCCUGGAAAGCUGUCCACUCCGACUUCACCAGGAGUGCCUCACACGCCGAGGGGACACACGAUUACAGACGGAGAACCCUAUUGCGAGAAGCAGAGGAAGCUUUAAGACGCAGUUCACGGACAGCCCCCAGCAAAGUCCAGCGCCGAGGAUGGCACCAGAAAUCAGUGCAGAUCAGAACGGAAGCUGGCCCGAGGCUCCACAUCGAGCCUCCUCUGGACUAUUCUGAAGAUUUUGAGGGAUGUGGAGAUGAGACCACCAAGGCACAGGGUGCUUCUGGGGACCUUCCACAGGAGUUAAGAAAAAGCCUGGAACUUAGUGUAAAUCUACAGAGGAAACAAAGAGAUUGUUCCAGUGAUGAGUAUGACUCAAUCGAAGAAGAGGUACUCUCUGAGCCUGAGCCCGAGGAGCAGGUGCUGGUGGGCCACCCCAGAGAGGACCCCCCUCUUUGCAGUGGGGACUCCAUGCAGAAGGAUGUUCCCGAGGACCAGGAGAUGGAAGGGCACCCUCCCCAGGGCCCAGACCCCCUCGUGGUGCUGGAAUUUAACCCAGCUUCCAAGAGUAAUAAAAAGGAAAGGAAUUUGUCUGCUAAGCGGAAGGACAACGCUGAGGUUUUCAUUCCCAGCAGACCUGAACUGAACUUGAACCCCCCGUCCUCUGCUGUGUUCCCAGACCAGGAGAAGGCGUGCUCAAGACCCGGAAGCCGCCGAGAGAGACCCCUCUCAGCCACCCGAAAACCCGUGCACGAGGCUGAGGACCGAGAGGAAGACGCCUCAGCUGUGCUCAGGGCCAUCCAGGUGGAGAACGAAGCCCUGCAGAAGGUGCUCCUCAGCAGAAAGGCUGAGCCCCCCACCAGCCCACUACAGGACGUGGAGGGACCAGCAGCAAAAUCGUGGACCAGUCUACUGAAGCGGAAGGAAGGGAGCCCUGAGCUUCCUACCGCCGCCGCGGCCACCAGCACAACGAGCAUGGCCAGCCCGCAGGAGCCGUCCGGGGCAGCAGGGGGAGCUCGAGCCGUCAGCGAAGCCAUUGACAGAAUUGGCCUUUUGGGGAGCAGGCAGCAGCAAAGGCUUCUGAAAGUGCUCCAGGCCAUCGAAAGCGACUCUGCCCGGCUCAGCACCCUUGCUUCACCAAUGAAGGAGCCCGUGCCAGACCCAGAGGCCAAAUCGAGAACAAAAGGUGGAGACAUCAAAGAUGCCAUCUAUGUGACCUUGGAAAUCCUGUCCAACUGGGGCCACGCGUCCUGGGUGGGACUCACAGAAGUGGAGUUCUUUGACCUGCACAACACAAAGCUUUAUGUGUCGCCCCAUGACGUGGAUAUCCGGACCACGGACACACCCGGGGACCUGGGCCACCUGGUCAAUCGGAACUUAGCUAGCAAGAAAGACCCCUCCUUGUGGAUGUGCCCCUUCCACCCGCCACUCCAGCUCUUUUUUGUUAUCCGCAACACCAGACGGCUGCAGGACUUUGGUCUAGCCAAGAUCAGGGUUUGGAAUUACUGGACGGCUGAUGGCGAUCUUGACAUCGGUGCCAAGAACGUGAAGCUUUACGUCGAUGAAAGUCUCAUCUUUGAUGGCACAUUAGACAAAGGAGGUGGAGAGACCCCGGCUGACUGGAGCAUCCCGGUUGCCCUGGAAGAGGAGCAGGAUGAGAGCAGGGGAAGGGCCCUGGCUGCCCCCUUGGGAGAAAGCAGAGAGGCCCGCAAGAUGGCUGGCACAGAUGGGGAGCUCUCGCCGCCAGCUGCAGCAGUAGCUGAUGUGAAGUUCUCUUCCCAGGGAAUGUUACUUGGAGGAAGGAUGAAUCCUCCCGACUGCACGAAGGACAGCUUGUCCAAGUUGGAUGAAGACACGAGCUGCCCAGCAGCCCCAGCCUUGACGGGGGGCAUGCCGGGGGCUCCCCAGCUCUGCCCGCCUGUGGAACGCCCUCCCCUUGACCCAGAACUCUCCCUGGCCCAACAGCUGGAAAACCUCACGAGCAGAAAAGUCUCCGAGCCACCAGCGAAAACCCCAUCGUGGUUGCAACCUUCUGCCAUAGUGAAGGGCAGGAAGCAGGGAGGCAGGAAGCCCAAACCACUCUGGCUGAGUCCUGAGAAGCCCCUGGACUGGGAAGGCAGACUUGCAUCAGACACCAUCAUGGACACCGUGGGGGAGGCUUCUAGAGAGGCCGAGGUCGGGGAUAAAGGCCCGAGGCGUGAGCCAGGGCGGCCGCGCAGCUGGAAUGUCAUCGCUGGAGAGAGAACCCAGAAGGUGACCCCCAAAGUCUGUGAUGACUUUGACAUCUUUAACCAGCCCUCCAACAGGGAACACCCUGCUAGUGGGAGGAGGGCCCCGAGGAAGGACACCCUCAUCAGCAGUCACAGUGAUGGCCCGCCAACUGGCAGAGAAGACACCUGGUCCGGCAAGAUGCCGCCACGGUCCCGGUGGUGCAGUGAGCAGGAUCACAUGCUGCAUGAGUCCUGGGACUCCCUCAGUGCCUUUGACCGCUCCCAGCGGGGUCGCAUCUCCAACAUGGAGCUGCAGGGGGACAUCCUGGACGAGUUCCUGCAACAGCAGACGGGCAGCCACCACAGCGACCAGCUGCCCCCGGGGAAGGAGGAGAGGCCGGAGCCAAGGAGAGGGCCGGAGGACAGCUCUGCAGAGACGCACGACGGGAGCGACUUUGAAAUCCCUGUCUUGCCUUAUGGACAGCGCUUGGUCAUCGACAUCAAGUCGACGUGGGGGGACAGGCACUAUGUCGGCCUUAACGGAAUAGAAAUAUUCAGUUCUGAAGGGGAGCCGGUGCAGAUCGCGAACAUUCGCGCGGACCCCCCUGACAUCAAUGUUUUACCAGCCUACAGGAAAGACCCCCGCGUGGUCACUAACCUCAUCGACGGGGUGAACAGGACCCAGGACGACAUGCACGUCUGGCUGGCCCCUUUCACGCUGGGCAAGCCCCACUCCAUCUCCAUAGAUUUCGUGCGCCCUUGCCAAGUCGCCCUGAUCCGGAUUUGGAACUACAAUAAAUCUCGGAUACAUUCCUUCCGCGGCGUGAAGGACAUCACCAUGCUGUUAGACACGCAGUGCAUCUUUAAAGGAGAAAUCGCCAAGGCCUCAGGGACCCUGACGGGAGCCCCAGAGCACUUUGGAGACACCAUCCUAUUCACGACCGACGAUGACAUUCUGGAGGCCAUAUUCUGCUCGGAUGAGACAUUUGACGUGGACGUGGAGAGCCCCUACAGUCUGCAGAGCGAGGAGACGCCCAGGAGGCCGAGCACCGCCGGCAGCGAUGGGGAGGACAGGCCCUACACCCAGGCCGGCCCAUGGGCUGAGGACCGGGCCCUGGGGCUAGAGCGGCCAUCCAGUCCCCCUGCCCCCGAAGUAACCACGCCAGAGCCAGGCAUCUACCACGGGAUCUGCCUUCAGCUGAAUUUUACCGCCUCCUGGGGGGACCCGCACUACUUGGGGCUCACGGGCCUGGAAGUGGUGGGCAAGGACAGCCAGGCACUGCCCAUCAGCCUGCACCAGAUUUCUGCCUCCCCCAGAGACCUAAAUGACCUCCCUGAGUACACCGAUGACUCCCGGACCCUGGACAAGCUAAUCGAUGGAGCGAACAUCACCAUGGAGGAUGAGCACAUGUGGCUGAUUCCUUUCUCACCUGGCCUGGACCACGUGGUCACAAUCCGCUUCGACAGAGCCGAAAGCAUUGCUGGCCUGCGCUUCUGGAACUACAAUAAAUCUCCCGAGGACACCUAUCGCGGGGCCAAAAUCGUCCACAUCUCCCUGGACGGCCUGUGUGUCUCCCCUCCCGAGGGCUUCCUCAUCCGGAAGGGGCCGGGCAACUGCCACUUUGAUUUCGCUCAAGAAAUUCUCUUUGUGGACUACCUCCAGGCCCGCCAGCUACCCCAGCCGGCCCGGAGGCUCGACUCGCAAAGCCUGGAGCGGGCGACCAUGGACUACGAGGCGCCCCUGAUGCCCUGCGGCUUCAUUUUCCAGUUGCAGCUCCUGACCAGCUGGGGUGAUCCCUAUUAUAUUGGUCUCACAGGCCUGGAGCUGUAUGAUGAGCGGGGAGAAAAAAUCCCUCUGUCGGAAAACAAUAUCGCCGCUUUCCCCGACAGCGUGAACUCCCUGGAGGGCGUGUGCGGGGACGUCCGGACCCCCGACAAGCUCAUCGACCAAGUGAAUGACACCAGCGACGGCAGGCACAUGUGGCUGGCCCCCAUCCUGCCCGGCCUGGUGAACCGGGUUUAUGUGAUUUUCGAUCUGCCCACCACCGUGUCAAUGAUCAAACUGUGGAAUUACGCAAAAACGCCCCAUCGAGGGGUGAAAGAGUUUGGCCUCCUGGUGGACGACUUGCUUGUGUACAACGGGAUCCUGGCCAUGGUGGGCCACCUGGUGGGGGGCAUCCUGCCCACAUGCGAGCCCACGGUGCCCUACCACACCAUCCUCUUCACCGAGGACACAGACAUCUGCCGCCAGGAGCGACACACCACCAUCAGCAAUCAGGUGGAAGAUCAGGACGUCCAGAUGAUGAAUGAAAACCAAAUCAUCACCAACUCGAAAAGAAAGCAGAGCACGGUUGACCCAGCCUUACGCCCCAAAACGUGCAUAAGCGAGAAGGAGACCGCGCGACGGUGGCGGUGCUGA